CGAGAUGUGACGGCAGUGCGGUGCGGACUCCCGCGUCUCCCACUCGUUCUCCGCCGCAGUUUGAAGGGAUAAGAUGUCCAAGUUGAAGGAGGCGAACUCCUGCCCCGACGGCUACAGGGCUCUGAGCGCCGCGGAGCUGCAGGAGCUUUUACAAAGCGACGACAAAAUGGACCAAAUCAUCCGCCUCAACGAGAAGUUUCAGGAUCUCCAAGUGGACAGAGAAACCCUGCUGACGUCCAACAGGAGCCUGGCCGAGGAGAGCCUCGCCCGGCGACCCCGCCUUAAUAACGGCAAACUGCAGCUGGCCGAGAAGUACCGGGAGGUGUCCGACCUGGCGACCACAUGCUGGGAGAAGCAGAGUCAGCUGGAGGCUCGCGGCCAGAAGCAAAGCCUGCAGACGGCGCAGAACCUCCUGCAGGAAGAGGUGGCACGUGCUGAGGAGCACUCGGAGGAGCUGCUGGAGAAGUUCAUGGAGGGAAACGUCAGCCUGGACGAGUUCCUGGACUCCUUCCAGAGCUCCAGGAAGACGUAUCACGUCCGCCGGGCUCAAGCUGAGAAAAUGCAAGAAGUCGUUCAAGCACAGAAGCAGCCGGGAAAAACGAAGAGAGCGGAGGAGGGCCGAGCCCCCGACGUGAAGAAGGACCCGGAGCCGCCUCAGGAGCCCCAGAGGCCCAACGGCUUUGUGGCGCAGGGACCUCUGAGGGUGUUCCAGGUGCGGUACGGCCUCACGCCAGCCAUCCUCCUCCCGCAUUACCCCGCCCCCGCCUCAGCUGCGGGGAAUCAAAACGGCACCCCCCCUCCCGAACCCCCAGCAGGACAGACCCACAUCCUCAGCCCCGGCACCCCGCUUCCAGGACACGGCCACCCCGUCGGCCUCAGAGUCAUCGGACAGCUAUCGGGCGGCUGGCCGGCGGCCGGGCGGCCGCUGCGACUGCAGCAGCUGUACAGACCCAACCCCCAGCAGCCCGAGCCGCCGUACCGAUAAGAUGGAGGAGGGGGAGGGACGAGGAGGAUGAAACGCACGGCUCCUUUCCGAGCCGUGGCUGUCACAAUCAUGUAAGCAGAGACUGACCCGGAGACGGGCAGCGCUGCAGACCUCCGUUUCUGUUCUCCAUCCAUGACACACAAACGUAACCGUCCAGGGAAGCCGGCGGAGCAGGGGUGGGGGGCGAGACUGCAGGCAGGAGGGGACGGGCCGCGAUAGCUAGUUUUAUACCGAAUCCAGUAAACACUUCAGAAAUCACGCCUCAUUGCUCUUCAUUCAUACCGAGCUCGGAAACCAUGCAGGGGUUAGAUGGUUGGUGUCAGUUUCACGUCACAGACACAGCAACCAAGAGUGAACGGCUGUGUAGCGGAGCAAUUAUCUGCAGAAACGAGGGAUCUCCUCCUCGAUUGAGUACAUUUAAUUAAUGUUUUAUAAGUUACGCUGCUCAGCUGGCUCUCAAGGAGGCUGCUGCCAAAAAGAAAGAAGUAUUUGUCUUUCCAUCCAACUGGAGCUCAAGCCUCCUGGAGAUGCUGGAGAGAUUUGGAUCAACAAACUGCUAUCGAACCCCAUCCCCCGCGAGAACAGAGUUUAGCGUUUGAUUUUAUGGUAUGUUUUUAUAAUUUUCGCUGAUGGGAGUGAAGCGCAGGGUUGUGAAGCACAUGUAGGACGCCGGCGGAUUAAAAAAGGAUCUUAUUGUCCAUCCAGCUUGAAACAGAAGCUUCGUUAGAUACCAGCCGUCGUCACGAGGGAUGAUGGCGUCAGUUAAGUGGGGUUUCAAGUCCUUAAACUCUGAUAUCUGCAGCGUUGUGUGCUCAAGUCGCAGGUGAUAUCCAAAGCCUUCCGCCUUCACGUGCGGUUACAUUUUAUGUUGUAACUCACAUCAGUGAGCGAUUUAUUUAUUCAUGUAAAUCCUAUUUUAAACGGCUGACUUCAAAGCUUCAUGUUUACCGCGUUAAAUGAAGAGCUGCUUCUUCUUCUGCUUCUCCGGUUCUCCUUCGAACUCUGCAGAGUGAAGGGAGUCGAGGCUCAGAGAGUCGGCCCUGCGCCAGCUGAUGCCGCACCGAGGCGCGUCUAGGAAGCUUUGAGUGGUGGGCGGUAGUUGUGAGGGUUCUGCUCGUCACCGUACGUUUCUUUCAUGAAUAUCUCAUAAGUGCAUGCUUACUUGACCAAGUACAUGAAAAUGCCUUCUACAGGCCAGUGCCCAGUUGCAUACGAUAUCUUCCGUCAUAAAGAGAGUUGAUUUAAUAUAUUUUAACCUCCUUAAAUGUGUUUUAAGUAAGAAUUUUAAAGGCUGAGAAUUGCUCUAAAGUGAAACACUUGUUGUUGUUGUGUGCCCCUGGUCCAACUCCACACAAACCUUCAUGUAAUUCGGUUUAAAUCUCGUCAUGUAAGCGGUUGCCAUGACGACUGAGCUAAUAAGCAACACCACUCACAUGCCUCUCCUGUUCUUAGUCUCGUUUCUGUUUUCCUUAACGGCUUUAUCGUAGGGAAAAUCAGUUGAAUUAAGACGAAUUCAGCAAAAACAUAGGGCACACAGGCCAAGAAACAUGAAUAUAGAGCAGUUGUGGAUGAUGAACUACAUUAAUUUUCUCAGCGCUCCAGUUCAGUUCCACCUGACACAGAAAGUUAAAAAAAAAAAAUAGGAUUCAGUCCAAUGAAAGUACAGUCCAGUUAUGUUAUUUUCAAAUUCAGUCAGAUUUUCUGUCAUCUAUUUAUUUUGUUUCUGUUUAUUUAUUUGUGAUGUCUCCUCCUAUUCCUGGAUCGUUGUGUCGAAAGCCUGUAUUUUCUUCUUUCACCUGAAUAUUUCUUCUCCUGCCUAAUUGGUUCCUCAUCUUUACGUUGUUUUCUUUUUUUCACUUUAUUGUACUUCUUUUCUUUGACUGGUAGCCGGCCAGUCGUGUUUUUUGGUUUUUGUUUUGUUUUUUGUUUUCUUUCUGUCUUGGAUGCAGAUAAUUAGUCUGGUUCCUCUGGGACGAGGUUGCUUAUGGACUUUUCUUUCCGGGGGUCAGUAGGGCCAACAGCCUCUGGACCCCACAGCAUAAACAUCCAUCCAAUCUGAGAAGCAAUGUGAUUGGUUCGGUACAUUCUGUACCAGUGGAAAGUUAGCCAUCUAAUUUCUUACCUGAUUAUUGUAAAUACUGCUUCCACAUAAAAAAAAACUAAAAGAAAAGCUAAAUUAAUUGGACUUUUAUUUUAGUUAAACUGUUUUGAGACGUUUCCUUGUACUCAAACAAAAGCGGCCGUGAUUGGUCGGCCAGUCUGAGCUCUGAAGCAGGGGCUGGUUGACGUAGCGGUCGACACCUGGUUCAUCAGCAUCCCCCCCCCCCGUUUGAUCCCAAGCAGCAGGUCUUUGGCUAAGGUGGUGUCCUCAGAUCCUGGGGCGGCAACUUGGCUCAGUGUUUGGACCACUGAAGAUGUAGAACAGAUUGAUGAAGCUGCUGUGAUGUCACCAGCUGGUUUGUGAUGCUUUUAAAGUUUUAAGUAGGGCAGUUGUUUUCAAAGGCUUCAAUCAGAGGCAGCUGCUCCUAUUUUAUCUUGGUGCACCAAAUUUAAAACCGGCUAUUGGACGAGAACUUUUGAUAAUUAAUAUUAGUAAAUGUUUUAUCCAACGAGAGAAGUCGGGGCUUCUUUAAUGGGAGUUCACUGGGAGCCAGAGAGGCUUCUAAGCCAGCGCCUCCGUACACGCAGUCUUUGUAAUUUAAAGGACCAACUUUGAUUCUCAUUUACAGCCGCAUCCAAAAAGCGACUUAUCUUUGUGUCCAGUUUUUCUUUUUGCUUAAAGCUGUUAAGGAUGAGGCUGUUUUGGGCGGCUGCUGAUUAACACGACUAAAACCCAAACAGACGUGCGUUUCCUAAUGAGAUCAUCUGAAAGCAGCGAGUGACAUCACAGCGUCUCCGUCCACUUCCUCACUCAGUCCUUGUGCUCAGUAAACCCCCCCCUGGAUGCGUGUGCCAGGCUGCAUGUUUGGGAUGCAGAAAUGAUGGUGUCAAAUGCUUUCUAAAAUGCUGAAGUCUUCCAUUUGCAACAUUUAGGUCAGAGAGGUUUAAAAUAUAUAACUUGAGGAUAUUGCUCGUGAUGUAACUGGGCACUGGCUGAAAACAUGCAGUUCUGUGUCCACUCAGGGUCUCAAAGACAGAAAAAUGCAAAGCAGCUUCAUCAGCUGAAGCUCAGACGGACCCGGGUCGAGGGUGAGCUCGUAUCUAUGGACCUCACGUCCGGUUUAUCACCAUAAACAUGAGUAACGGUGACGCCAAACCACCCGACAUUCCACUGUUGCAGUGAGAUUUUGCUGAAUGAAUAUUCAAAAUGUUGUUAUUGCUUGAAGUGCUGACAGUGAUUUAUUUUUAUUGUGAAGCCGUGCCGUCCGAGUUCCCACGAAUCUGACGAUUUGUGCGACACCGGAGGUGUACGUGUCUGGAAUAUCCUCAAAACGGUGUAAAGUGCUUGUUUCUGCAACUGUGGUUCUGUUUGUCCAGUCUGUCUGUGAAGUACGACUCUUUUCUAAGGAGAACUCACCCCAGCAGCCGCCAUCUCUUCAGAGCAGGAAGUGCAGGAAGAACAUGGAAAUAAGAGGGAAUUUAAAUGUAAAUGAAGUGCAGCCGCUCACUCAAACACCCACCCAUAUGAAACGUGGUGUUUGAGCGCGUCAUGGCUGCAGGCGUUCCUACCAGAUUGCAUCAGCGAUGUCAAAGCUGAUCAGUGAGUGAGGGUGAGCUGAUAACAGUUAGCGUGCACGUCCGCUCGUGCCACCCGACAGUCACUGGCUGGGGGCUCGUGAUCGUCGAGGCUCGAUGGAAGAUGACAGGAGGACUUCAGCUGCUAGACGUGAUUACGCAACGAGCUGAGACGGUACCAGCCAGGUUCAACAGACCUCUGUCCGUCAAUUAGUCCAGGCUUUGUUUCAAAAUAAAUCAGUGGUAAAUUUAAUUAUUGGGAGACUCGCACAGAAAUAGUUGUAGUUUAAAACAAAAAUGGCACAGACUCCAAUUCCUACAGCAAAGAUGCAGCUAAUUACUGUGUGUGUGUGGGUGUAAACACUAUUAAAAUGAUCAGAGUGGGUCUCAGCAUGAGGCAAAUCCAACCUCAGAUGAACAACAACUGAUAAGUUUCUUUUUGGCUCGUCUUUGGGGGUAAAUUUGCAUUCUGGGUAAUAAUCCCUGAAUUGUUUGGAAAUUAUUUUAUAAUCCUUUCCAGACUGACUUGCAGCAAAAAAAAUCAUAUAAGACCAUUUCUUAUGUUCUUCCCCUUUGGAAUUAUAUUUGGAUACUUCCAGAUUUUUCCCGAUCAGAAAACGGUCAAAGCGUGCACUCGGGUUGCAGAUCAGGUGAGCGGUCGGGCUGUGAUAUCACAGGGCUACGUGGCUCCUGGACGCGAGGAUUGUGUGGAUAAAAAGGAAGAAUUGAAAAGUUUGAAGGUAAAUUUGAUCUUGUGUGUUUCUUUCCCCAUUGGCAUUAUGUUAACACAAGGUCCACACCAGGAAGCUGCCAAAAGAAAAGUUCUGGUGGGUGGGGGCUACUUGGUACCGAUCAAAUUACUUCUUUUCUUUUUGCCAUAAUUUUAGUUAAAUAAACAGAAAACCAUAAACCAGAAUGUUGUUCAUGUGGUGUUAUAACGACCCAAAAAACUGAGAGCCGCUACAGUCUCGUUUAGUUGUGCUUUUGUUGUUCUUUCCACAGAAAUACGUCUGGUUAGACUGAACGUCACUAGCGUUCGCACACAACUGCACAUUUAGUCAUUUCACUCCAGAUCUUGCUUCAUAAAGUCCUGGUCUCGGGCUUCGGGCUGCCCGACACAUGGCAGCCGUGCUCGGUGACGGCCACUUUCCAACCCAGAAUAAUUACUGAACGAUCUAAAAACACAGAUUAGACAUUUUUCCAGCCUCUUUCAGCGAGAAGUCCCAGACAAAACUCGGGGAGUCACGGGGGCUUGUCAAAGACGCACGUGAACAAGAUCCUGCUUGUGGGUCGACCGUCAGCGCCGCUCUUGCUGGGCCCGGUGUGCAGGCUGCGUCGGUGUAGCGGGAGUCUCUAUUUGUGUCGCUCACACGUCGUUAACUGGGUUACAAAUACACAGGAGAAGUCGGAGGAACACAUCCAGAAAAGUGACUAAAAAUAAAAGCAGGACAGCUGAAGUAGCGCAGGAGCAGCGGGUGGGGGGGGGGGGUAAUGGGUAGAGGUGAGCUGUGGUGAUUACCCCAUCAGCCUCUUUCAGAUGCUUGUUUUGGGCUGGUGUCGCCACGCCAGCUGGAGCGGUUGCCAGCGUUAGGAAACCUCAGCCGUGGCGGCUUCUCGGAGGGCCGAGGCCCCAGAACCGGCUCAGGAACUAGAGGAGGGGGUUGGCUAAGGUGAAACGUGAGGACAGAAUAAGAAUGAAAUCAACAGAUUUUCUUUUUCCUAAAGUAUAAAACCGGCAGCACACGUGUUCAGAUUUAUAGCCGUAGUAAAAGUUUGAUGGGGUCGAGAAUAAAGCGGUUCAUCUCGGUGGAGCAGGUGUGGACUGGAAGGUCACUGGGUUGCAGUUACUGGUCUCGCUGGGAGAGAAAGUGGUGACCGCUCUCAAAUCUGAGGGUGAGGUGACGUUUACUAUGGUUGUCUUCAGAAGAGGGGGGGGGAUCUCUGGGGAAAUACAGGAUUAUCUCCCUCAGGCUGCAAUGUAAAAUAUUUAUAAGAGGCGCAGAAGGCCGCGCUGCUGCCGACACGUACAUGUGAUGGACACGUGAGGGGCGUGCUGGCGUCUGGCCAGCUGGUCCACCGAGAGGUCGUCCGAGCGUGUGACGUACUGACGUACAACCAUCAGCUCUUGCGACUCUACAACGGCUGCUCCGUCAUCGAGGCGUACGUCUGAAGCCGUGAUGGCCUGUGUUUUAAGCUGCUUCUCUGGGGGCGACGUUGUCGGCCAGUUGGCCCGUCGUUUUGCCGCAGACUGAACUAAUUAUGUUUCUGGAUGGGCUGACGAUGAUUUAUGCCGACCUUCACCGGCCCCGAGGAUGAAACACCCGCCGCUCUCCGUGACACCAUCAUGAGAUCACUUCAGGGUCUAAAGGGGAUGUUUGGAUCACUCGUAAAUAAUGUUGUGCUCUGACUCCCUCUCCACCUCUCCGUUUUAUUGGCUUUUACUCCUGCGUAACAAACCUUUCACAUUCCACACCUGUAUUUCAUGAUCAUUUUCACAUGUAAUCAUCCAAAAAUCAGCUUUUUAACACAUAAAUGAAGUUGGAGCCUGGUAAAUGUAGGCUUGCUAAACCAAUGGGGUUUAAAUGUCAUUGAUAAUUUAUUUAGGACUUAUUCAGGAACUACAUGUUUGAAUGCUGGUGCUUGGUUUUAACAGAGCUGCAAAAUCCACUUAUAUUACUCAUGAAACAUCAAGGUAGCUGAACAUUAAACCAUUAAUGCUGAUAUAAAUUCACCUUAUUCAGAACAAUAUUUCAAUAUUCUUUUAUUCUUUCACUUCAGCAUCAAAAAGAGCUCUCAGAUCCACCAUCCUCUAAUCUUUGAGUCUUGACUAGGACUCUGGAUGACUGUGAGUAGGUUAGCGUUUAGCUCAAAAUAGCCGCAGGCAUCGUUGUUGACUCACAGCCAAGUUACCAGUUACUCCGUCCGGGCUGAUUUCCCAUCAGCACCGUCACCGUGAUGCUCUGCUGAACCUGCCAGAUACCAGAGCAGGCUCUCAACAUGCAGACGGCGUCUGCGUCUUUGAGGAAGUGGAGGUUUGUGCACGACAGAUAUCGACACUUGAAGGGAAGACCCCGGUGUUAAACUAAUUAACAGUUCAAUUCUUAAUUAAAAAGCAGUACGAUUGUUCUUUUUUUUAGCACCUUUCACCCAGAAACAGGCUCAUUCUACUUCCUCCAUUUCUCUCUAAAAAAAAAAGAUUUGUUUGCAUAUUUAAGACCUCGUUAGACUCUUAAUAUUCAUGCAAAUUGACCUUUUCAUGUACUUUUUUGUAUUAAGAUGCCUACUUGGGAUGCUGCGAUUCUCUAAUCUACACGCCUCUUAGUUGAGACGCGUCUGUUGUUUUAAACAGGACUGAAAAGAAGGGAGUCAGUAAGGUACACGAGAGGCUGGCUGGUCAGGUGGGGGCUGCUGGGAAUGUUCUCGUGCAUGCUGAGCUUCACUGAAGCGAUCUGCUAAUGUGAUCACGCUGAUUUAUUGUCCAAGUCUUUCAGUGGGUUGACAUCUCUUGUUGCUACAGUCUGUGUCCUGCCGACGCUCCAACAUUCAAGUGGCCUUAUACAACAUGUUUACACCUGAAAUAACUUCCAUUUGCUUCCCAUGCGGAUCCAGGAGAUGUCAAUAAAACAUAUUUGCAACUC